CUGCGCAGGGAGGCGGAGCAGCUGGAGCCAGAACCUCUGCGCUCGGUCGGUGCGCAGCUAUGACUACAUGUCUGGAGCUGGAGCCAUAAGAGACAAACACUGAGACGAACUCGACUCCGGGAAGAAUCGUCUGAGCCCAGGUCCACUUUCACUCGAGUCUGGGACCAAAGACGCGAACAGGACUUUUCUGAAGUAAGAGACUUUCUCAUUCGCUCAGUUUGCAGCCUCGGCGUCGGAUCACACAGUCUGGGGAGCAGCGCAGUGCCAACUCGCAGCCAUGAGUUCCCAGGCAGGCUUUGGAAGCAGUAUGCUGUUCCAGACCAUAAACGAUGACCUGAAUGCAUCGCUGGCCACGGCCGACGAGUUGUCACAAGAGUUUAACUCCCUGAUGAAGGAGGCCUCCUCCAGCAACAACAACAGAACGUCUGGCCCUCAGGCCACCAUCACAGUCACCAGAGAGAGGCCUCAGUCCAACAGCUCCAUCACCAGCAGUAAUGGCAGAUCCAGCUCUCCACAAUAUUCCCAGAGCUCAACAUCUUUCCAUCCUGUCAUCUCCAGCAAUAAUAACAUACCAUCCUCCCCCGUCUUCUCCAACAGUUCAGUCUCAUCCAACAGGCAGGCCCGCUCGUCAGUCCCUCGUUCUGACAGCUACUCGUACAGCCCACAGAGCCCCAAACAUUCCCCUCACAGCCCGAGGCGUGACUCCCCCAAUCGUUACGACAGGAGUCCGCGAGGGUCGAUCAGUUACGAAAGGAGCCCCUCGCCGAGCCACGCAGCCUCUCCUGUAGACCAGUCAUCACUCUCCAGCUCACUCCACUCCUCCUCCAAGCUGUUGAGCCCUUACGACAGCAGCUCGAUGGGCCGCAGGUCACCUCGGCUGGACAGAAGCCCCUCUCCUCUGUCCUUCAGUCCAGCGUCCAGCACGAUGCCGCGAAAUUUUGGCUAUAGGCAACCUGAGGAGGGAGUGCAGCGACAGAAGAGUCCCAGCAAGUGGAACGAGACAGAUCUGGACAAGUCCUAUGAGAGAAAACCCCACCACACCUAUGACAAGACAGAGUGGCUGCGGCCGUCUGUGCCAAACAGCAGCUGGAGAGAGUCCAACCUCGAUGGCCCUCCUCCAGCUCCAAGCCUCAAAAAGGAUCCACGUUCUCAGUCACACCAGUUUUCCCAGAAUUCUCUUCCCCGUAACACCCGUAUAUCAGUACCUCCAGAUGUGUUGUCCCCUGUCCACUCCCCUUACUUCUCUCAGCCCAUCAUCUCCCGUAUCUCUAUACCCCCGACAAACACAGAGACCCGAGAGCGCAAACCCAUCCCUCUCUCCGUCAUCAUGCGUCUCCAGAACCCCCACUGGGGAGGGAUGUCAUCCCCACCCCCCAGGGUUGUCGGAGGAGAAGUGGACAUGACACCUUACCAACCAGCUCCACCCUUCCCGAGGGAGUUCUUCCGACAACCUGUGCCUCAACCACCAGCUCAGCUGAGACAACCGGCCAUAUACAGCGAUGUGCUGAACCCUGGUGAUAUAGACGCAGAGUUAGAGAAGCUGGAGUACAUUCAUCACAUGCCUGCGAUCCAGGAGAAUGCCAGCAUGCCAGGGGUUGAGCAGGGCGUGGUGCCGGCCCCGCGGCCCCUGAGCCCCACCAGGCUGCAGCCAGUGGUGGCCCAUGAGGCCCAAAUCCAGGUGAUGCCUGACCUGGAGAUGGUUCUCCGUAUUCGGGCAGAAAUCCCCCGCGCGCUGAAGAGACGGGGCUCCGUGGACCAGUCGCAGCCCCAGAUGAGGGCUUCGCAUUACCAGCCGAACCAAUACAAAAACCUCAUCGACAAACUGUUUCGCAAGAAGAAACAGCGCCAGAGGGGGGAGCAGGGCAGCGGGACCAGCAGCUCCUCAGAAGAAGAGGAAGGCGCUACACCUCCUGCACAUUUUCCUCAGACAUCCACUGUGAUUCCUCAUGACUUCAGAAGCUACCAUUCCAUUUUGCGACGUUCCAGUCGGGAGCGUAAAAAGAUUGGCCAUCGAGCUCGGCUCAGUCCGCUGGUCCUGCUGCUGGAUGGAGCUCUGGUCGGAGAACUGGAAACGGUGCAGAGAGCAGUGCAGGAGAUGAAUGACCCCAGCCAGCCAAAUGAUGAAGGCAUCACUGCCCUGCACAAUGCAAUCUGUGGAGGUCACUAUAAUGUGGUGGACUUCCUGGUUCGCUUCGGAGCCAAUGUGAGUGCACCGGACAGCCAUGGAUGGACUCCACUGCACUGUGCAGCUUCUUGUAACGAUCGUCCUCUGUGUGAGUUUUUGGUGAGGAACGGAGCGGCGGUCAUGGCCAUGACGGAGAGCGACGGUGCUAUCGCCUCCCAGAAGUGUGAUCCUUAUGCUGUUGGGUUUGACGAGUGCGAAAGCUUCCUGAAAGGUGUGGAGGAGGCCAUGGGGGUGGAGAACAGCGGGGUGCUGUACGCUCUGUGGAGCUACCCGGCUCAGGCAGCUGAUGAGCUGAGCUUCAGAGACGGAGACAUGGUUACGAUCCUGCAGAAACCUGAGGGGCCGGGCUGGUGGUGGGCAUCGCUGUGUGGCCGGGAGGGAUUUGUUCCAUACAACUACUUUGGGCUUUUUCCAAAGGUGCGGCCAAAGUCUCUGUGCUGAGCGACGUCCUGAUGGUCCACCCUAAUCACGUUAUAGUGCAGGGGACUCUGUGUUACAGCUUCACACUGUUGUCUGAAAGGAUUGUGUGUGUGUGUGUGUGUGUGUGAUUAAGAGAAGGCUCCGUCCUGCUGUUGGGAAUAAGAAAUGUUUUCAAUCUGUCACUCAAGGGGAGUUGAAGGAGAAGCGUCAGUAUUAACGUUGACCUUCCUGACGAGGAUACGUCUUUAUAGCUGAUGUCACUUGUGCUGGUUCUGCUGUUUCUUGCUGUCGUGCUGUUCCGUCUGUCACUAAAGGGACAGAUUUCCUGCUGUUCCAGUCAGAAGUCAACAUGUUGUGAUUCGUCGGCUUGUUACUAAUCAGAAUGCAAACAAUGACUGUGAGGCGGCAUCAAACAUGACCCGUGAAGGAGUGGCUUCAGUCGGAACAAAAUCAACCUACUGGCAGCUGGAGCAGUUUUCAGCUGCUACAUCAAAUAAGGGUGAAUGGACUGGAUUGAUUUAGAUCACAGCGUAUUGUCUCUGUCACUCACACACCAUUCUCAUACUUCGUCAUGCAGACUGAAAGAGCUGGGAGUCAAACCACCGAGCUUCCAAUAAUUGGCCGUCCCUCUCUUCCUCCUGAGCCACAGCUGUGUUGUACGCUUUAGUAGUCUUUCCGUGUUGCGUGUGCAUGUUCUCCCCGUGUCUGUGCGGGCACAUGCAUCUUAGGUUAGUGAAUGUGUGCUGACAUGUCACGGGUCAGCUGGGAUUGGCUCCACCCCCGUGCGACCCUCAAUGGUUAAUGGUAAAUGGACUGUAUUCAUAUUGUAUUCAUUCACACACACAUACAUACAGUGAAUCAGAAUGCAGUUUUUUGGUGUGUAAUUCAUACACGGUCAACAAAGACGUCAGAGGAAAUGUUGGGGUUCAGUAUCUUGCCCUAGGACACUUCAGAAUGUAGACUGGAGAUGCAGACAGUGCAGUUAGUGGACGACCCUCUCUACCUCCAGAAUGGAUGAAAAGCCUCUCUGCACAUGUCUCUGUUCUUGCUGGUAGAUUCAUAAAUAUUAGUGUUCAUCUCCACGGCCUCUGGAAGUAUUGUGUGACGCAGCUUUUUCCAACCACAGCAUCUAGUCUGUUUCUUCUUUGCUUCAGUUCUCACACUACACUGUUUUAUUUUUAUGCUGCCUAUAAUAUAAAUGGAUUUAGUUUGAAAGAGACUGUGUUUUCUAAUGAUGAUGAAUGAGACUGACCCUUUCAGUGGAUGUUUUGUAUUCACUGCGGGAGGACGAGUAUUAGAUGAGGCAGUUUUUCUCUGAUCAGUGUUCAGUGAAACACUGACGUGCACUUGACCUUUAACCCCUCACACGAGGCUUGCAGCAACUAAAUCUACAAAUAAACACAAUAAAUACAUGAGUUUCAUGCAUUUUGGUUUCCGUGUUUGCAUGUUUUUGUUAGUCAGCAGAAUUAUGCAAAACCUACUCAACCGAUUUCCAUGAAAUUUUGUGGAGACACCUAAUUUUUUUUCGCUUUCUUUUUUUUCUACAUUUAUGCUGAUUCAGUGAAUAAUCAUGGAUAUUGAUGAAAAACAAAUCAGACACGUUUAGGGGACUAAAAUCUCUGAGUGCGGGCAAUUUAGUGCACAUCCAAGUAAUAUUCCAGAUGUAAAGAAUUUAAAUGUGGUUAAAAAGGCAACUGUUGGGCCUUGGCAGAGUUUUGUGCUACUGAGUGACAGUUUAUAUGUUAUCAGUGAUCAGUGUUACACUUAUCACGUGGACUUGACCUUUAACCCCUCACCAGAGGCAUGCAGUGACCAAAUCUAAUUCAAUACUGAAAUGGGUUUCAUGCAUUGUGCUCCCAUUGAAAAUGUUUGUAAGUUUUUGUUUCCGCAGCAGAAUUAUGUACAAACUACUCAUUAGAUUUUCAUUCGAUUUUAUGAAAGCACAGGGCAUCACCUAAGGAAGAAGCUGUUGUCGCUGAUUUAGAUUUAUGGGUAUAUGCAGGAUCUUUUCUUUACUCACUUUCUGUAAUGUUGUGAGAUGGGGUGUUUUUCAACAUAUCCUCUGGGAGUAAAUCAGAUAUGUUUAGGGAACUGAUAUUUAUAAUUGUGAGAUUCAAAUAAAAAUCUAGUGAAUUUAAA